GAGAGAGAGAGAGAGAGAGAGGCAGGGAGCGUCCCCGAGAAUCCCAAGCAAGAAGGUAGCCACCACCUCCCACCUCUUCGCUUUGCGUCGCGCCGCCCGUCCCACCUUCCCACCCUGCCCUCCGCCUGGCUCGGCGGCCGUCGAUCGGCCAUGCGGAUCCGAAAAUGCGCCAACCGGCUGCUGGGGACGACCCUGCCCGCCUGCUCUUCUUCUCCGCUGCCCGCUGCGCCGCCGCGGUCGUGGGGCACCGACGUCCCGGCUCCCGCCGCCGCUGCCGCUCUCCUCUGCGAGCUGAACCGCUCCCCCUGGGAUGAUCUGACGUGCCUCGAUCUCGUAGCUGCUUACGAUCAGGAAGAAGAGGAUGACGGGGGCAUUCUGGGAAGUGGCGUGAAAGCUAAAGUGGGAGAAGUGAGGGGUAUUCCGGGAAAUCGCAUCAAAUAUGAGUCCGCUGCUGUAGCUUGUGUCCCGAAGAGCUCCCCAGACCAUUGGGAAAUGGAGCGAAACGGAGACGUAGGUCCUCAUGCCGGAAAGCGAUGCUUUUCUGACAGCGAGGCACGCAUGAACUGGUCGCGGAAGAAGGAGACGGCCAAGACGAGGAGAAAGAAGAAAGACGACGUUGUCGAAGCCAGAGGAGGAGCUGCGGCCACGGAGGCCUGCUCGAGCUGCAAGAAGAGCGACGGCAAAGGUUGGCACUGUAAGCGGCGGGCGCAUCACCCACACUCGCUCUGCAACUACCAUCUCGCCCAGCUCCGCUCCUACAGCUGCAGCCAUGGCCAUGGCCAUGGCAAGGCCUCAGGGUCACCCAAGGAAAGCCACGGUGACGUCGGCCGUAGGAAGAAGAAGACCGAAGCAGCUGGAGCCGACUCUAGCUUCUACUAUUACUACUCCGGCUUCGGUCCCUGGCGAGGAAAGACGAGAGGCAGCAGCAGUGAUAACGGCGACGGGUGUAGUCAUCCGGCUGCCGAUGAGGAGGAGGUCGAGACCCCGAUGGCCGGCGAGGAUGAGGAGGACAGCGAGGACGAUGACCAUGAUAACAGUGGGAGGGAUGGAAAUGAUGGUAGGAAGGAGGGCAGGAGGAGCUACAGGAGGAAAGGGAGGAAGAGGAUGAAGGCGCGGUCUCUCAAGUCUUUGCUUUGAUGCAUGUCGUUGGUAGUUGUCGUCGUAACGUGCCGUGUUUCCUAAUCAUGGAUCUUUGCAUGCUUCGGACGUCGUAACGUGUACGUGGGCCGGGCUUGGGUGCAAUACGUCGACAUCUUUUCCUCACAAUUAUUUUUAGGUGAUUUACCUGAAAAAAUACUUUUUUUUGUGCUUUUCACUGCAGAAUAAUUAUAGGCUUUUUUGUUCAAACUCAAAAUAAUUAAUCGAAUUUUAUUUCUUG